AUGCAACGUUCAUUCCAGUGACGACGACGGAGAAGACUCGACGAAGAAGCGACGACCUCUUUAUGUUCGAAAUAAUUAGUUCAAAAUUAAACUAUUUUGAUUAUAUAUAGCUGUAUUACCAAAAUUAUCGUCUUGUUAUACAUCUUUAGAAGCGAUAUUCGCAAACAGUCGUAUUUAUCGACGUUUUCAAGAGUUUGACGCUACAGUUUACCUGGCUGCGACAGACAGUUAAAUAAUGGCCAAACGACCGGACUCCGAAAUGGCCCAGGCUCGUCAGACCGACGGCCUCAACGUGAUCUUUGACCAGGAAAGUCCCAGCUCAGCUCGCUCCCGCUCACGAUCGACAAGCGGCAGUGGUAGCAGUAGCAGCCGCUCUGGCCAUUACAGGGGAGGCCGCAGGGGACGUCACAGGUCUUCAUCCUCUUCAUCUUCCCACACAUCAUCGAGUAGCACGUCUUCAUCUCGCACCAGAUCCCGCUCUCGUCCUCGCUGCCACAGACGCUCCUCCCGUUGUGGCUGUGUGGAUCACGGCAGAUAUUCUCGUGGCCAUCGCCGUUCUCCACCACGCCGCUACAGGGCACAUUCUCGCUCCUAUAGCCGCUCAGCCUCGCGGGACAGGUACACCCGUCAUGGCAGAUCUUACAGGUCUCGCUCCAGGUCCCGUUCAAGGUCUUCUGGCCGCUGGAGUAGGUACAGGAGACCCAUGAGCCAUUUCAGAAGCACAUUCUCUCGAUCCCCUUCCAGAGCCUACAGGGGGCGGUCAAGAUCCAGAUCUCCUGGACACUCUGUUAGUUUGAGUGUGAAUGAAAAAAGGAAACUCCUUGAAGCUGCUAAGGUCAAUGCUAUGAACAUCAUGGGAGUGGAGAAGUUGGAACUUCCUGAAAGUGUGAAGCCAAUCCUAUCGGAGCAGUCAGAGUCCAGGCGGUUGUCACCAGAGCCAAUCAAUGGGGUGAGACAAGGCUCUAAAAAGACUAAGCCACAGAUAACAUGACAGUGGUCUCCUUCACUCAUCGGCACCUGGGAUUAAAAGGCUGUCAUGUGACUUGGGUGACAACAAAAUUUGUUUGCGUGAAAGGUUAUCUGAUGACUCUUGUAAUGUCUUAAUGUUAUGAGUUUAGGGGUUAAGAAAAUACAGAUUCUCACACAUAACCAUGAUGUACACAUCUCACACAUCUGCUAAAUGCACACAUAGAUACAUUGAUGCACAAAUUUCAGACUGUUACUAACUUUGAUAAUAGAAAAGUAGAAUUUUGACAUUACAAAUGUAUGUAUGCUUGCAGAUGAAAUGGGUUAUUGUUAUUUAGCAGAGUUCUCCACUUGCUGAUGGAGCGCAGGCGUGUGGACUGCAUUAUAGUGACUAUUCCUGUCAAGAGAACUAAAAACUGAAGAACUCCACUCCAUAUGCCAAAGAUAAGUUGGUACAAAGAUGUGUGCUAAGGGGCUGGGGAACCUGCGUCAUCAUCAUUCUACCACUGUUGACAGAGAAGACAUCCUUUUUACUUCUGAUAUAUUUGAUUUAUUUUACAUCUUGUUUUAUUCAGCUUCAAGGUCUGAAGUAUUUUAGUUGUUAGGAGGGCUGCAUGAAGGCUGCAGUUUGAACUUAACCUUUUUAUGUAUUAGAAAUUCUUAGUAUCAGUAAUGGAACUUGAAAUCCGGAUAUCAACUUCAUACAGUUAAAGCAAUCUGCCAUGUUUUUCACUCAUUAUUGACUAAUCUGUCUUUCUUCUUUUUAAAUUAGGACACAGAGGAAGAUCCUGAGGAGUCCAGCC